ACCCAAUUAUUUAUUUUCGUUUUCUUUAUUCUGUCAGCGAGGGGAAAUUUGGGCAAGAAAUCAGAUUUGAAUUUUCUAAGGAGAAAAAGGUGAAGUUUUUGGUAUUUGGUAAUGGAUUGGGAUGACAAUUGACACCAACCCUACGGAAACUUUUUAACCCUGAAACAGUGUCAGAUUAUAGAGAAAGAUGAAUAAAGCAAAUACGUAUUUAUGUAAAGAUGGUUUUGGACCCGUAAAGACAGAUAUCGUCCUGUCCUACAAAUGUCAGGGUUCAGUUAUAGCCUACAUAGGUCUGUGAACAGUGCCUGGGAUUGGGGAAAGACUAGAAAGGGACUUUGUAACGCGUCUUUAUUACCAAAGCUUAAAAAGGGUUUCUUCGGGUUAGUCACUGUUUGUUUCGAAGGCCAGAGCCCUGAGCUUUGAUGGGUUCUUGCUGUUACAUCCUCGGUAAUCUGGAGGAAUUCAUGGCUCUGUCACAGCUUUUGUGUCCCAUUGCCUUUUCUUGGGCUUUGUAUUUUUCUUCUUACUGCGAGUUAUUUCACCACCCCUGGAAGCUUGUGUAUCAUCCUAUCAGGGUCGUGGGUUGUUUCAGUCCUGAACCUGCUCUGCAUGGAAAAUAACUGACGCUUGAAAUUCCCAAGUUGUUAAUGGCAUCGACAUCUUCCGUCGGGAGGAGCUCAUUACCCAUGAAAGAUGCAGCUUCGAGUUAUUGUGCAUAUCCUCCUCCUUUAGCAAAAUACGAGGAGGUUGCAGAGAAUUCCAAGAUCUUCAUGUUUACUUUGGAGAGGCUUCACACUUGUAUGGGUACCAAGUUCAUGAUUCCCAUUGUUGGUGGAAGAGAUCUGGAUUUGCAUCGCCUCUUUGUUGAAGUGACUUCCCGAGGUGGGAUUGCGAAGAUAAUUAGAGAAAGGAAAUGGAAAGAUGUAACUUCAGUCUUCAAUUUUCCAUCAACAGCUACAAAUGCUUCUUUUGUGUUGCGGAAGUACUAUGCUUCGUUGCUCUAUCAUUAUGAACAAAUCUACUAUUUUAAAGCCCGUGAAUGGAACCCUGCUGCUCUUGAUGUUUGGCAUAAUCAAUCAACCAUGCCAGUUCCUCCUCCAAGGAUGCAGCAGUUUCUGCAGCGUCCAUCAGAAAUUCAACCGGCUGUCUUUCAACAGUCAAAUGUUAAUGCUGCUUUGCCUGAAGCAACGGUACCAUCUCCGGCAGGGUCUCCAGUCAUGGGGGUCAUUGAUGGGAAAUUCGAGAGUGGGUAUCUAGUUACUGUUACAAUAGGUUCGGAGAAACUUAAAGGCGUACUUUAUCAAGCUCCACAAAACCAUGUAUUUCCAACAUCAAAUCAGAGUCUCUCAGUUAUUAACAACAGUGCCUCUGCUUCAUUGGGUGUGCAUAGAAGGCGACGCAGGAAGAAAUCAGAAAUAAAAAGGAGAGAUCCUGCUCAUCCUAAACCCAACCGAAGUGGGUACAAUUUCUUCUUUGCUGAACAGCAUGCGAGACUAAAACCACUUCACCAGGGAAAAGAUAGAGAGAUUAGCAGGAUGAUUGGCGAAUUGUGGAACAAAUUAACAGAGCCGGAAAAGGCGGUUUAUCAAGAGAAGGCCGUGAAGGAUAAAGAAAGGUACAGGGCAGAAAUGGAGGAUUAUCGGGAGAAACAGAAGAUGGGCCAAGUUAUCAGUGAUGCUGUGCCUCUCCAACAACGGCUUCCCGAUCCAGAUUCAGACAUGUUGGAUGCUGACAUGAAACUGGAUGAAGCUGGAGAAGAUUCUGCUCAAACUCCGGAGGAGAGCAGUUCUGGUGGAAGUGACUAUGAAGAUUGUAAAGCUCCGGAGAAAGAUUUUGAUAUGGGUGCAUUUCCAGCUAUAGGAGAAGGUGCUGAAUCAAGCUGUUUGGGUUCAGGAGAGAAGUCAUCAAAGGGGGAUUUAUGAGGCUUUUACAGAGCUUGUGUGGAGUGAGAGAGAGGUUAACUGGCAUUUAUUUUUAGCACAGAAAAGUAGCUAUUCAGAAGUUGAGUUGCAGUGGAGAUUUUAGGUAGGAUGAGUAGCAGUGGACUCUGUAAAGUCCGCUCUACCUGUGUUAAGUUGACCGUGUGACCAUAGAAUAAAAUACUGUCAUUCAAUUUCACCGUUCAUAUUAUGUUUGGUUACUGAUUAUUGGAUGGAAAAUGAAUUUUGCUGGUGUUAGGU